AUGGAUCUGCACGACUUCCCCGUGGACGUCCAGAUUUGCCCGAUAAACAUACAUGCUUGGAUCUACCCGAAUUCAUCGCUCCAUGUCAAAUGGCUCGACGCACCCACGAACGACCGGGGAUCUGGAUCGGCGGCGCUGAACCCCCGACAAAAGAUGCUCGAAUACGAAGUUUCUCUUGAGGCUUAUCAGCAGGGCGAGAGCUACGUCACCGAAGAUGAGAAAAGAAUUAUGGACGGGGUGAAAGUCUUGGUUCGAUUCCGACGCCUGCUGACCUACCAACUGAUCAAAUGCUUCUUGCCCUCAUUUUUCUUAGUCCUCGUUGGAUUUGCGUCGAUGUGGAUAUCUCUCGACGCGUCGAACGAAAGACUCGCGCUGAGUACCACCGUACUCCUCGCUCUGUAUACUCAGCUGGGAGCUAUAAGAAGCGCCAUCCCGAGUGUCUCGUACAUGACCUUUUGCGACAUAUAUGUCGUCGCAUGCAUGGGCUUCGUGGUUCUGUCAAUUUGUGAAUCGGUCGUCAUGGAAAGACUCCACGCCUCGACCGAGACGAUAUCAACAGCCAACGAUGAGGUUCGGCACCGAGACGAAUGA